AUGGAUUCAGCAUGGGUUCGGGAGUUGCCUACCGAGUUGCAGAAUGAAAUCAAGGCUGUUGUGGAGAAGGAUGGGGCUAGUUUUAUUGUGUUUGAAAAGUUGUAUGAGCAUUUGAGUGGGAGUACGAAGAAAAGGAAAUUGAGUAGCGAAAUUGCCCUGGAAAUGAUAAUUUUUGAAAUCAACGAGAUAUCGUUUUAUUCGCCAGUGAGGAAGAGAAUGAAUUUGACGCUUCAUUUGGUAGAGGAAGGUGGGAAUCCCAGUCCCGCGCUUUCAAUUGUCAAUCCAUCGACCAAUGUUCCGGAAAUGACAUUUACGGAACUAGACCAAACCGUCAAGCUUUGUUUGUUGUUGCCGAUACUUGGGAACACCACCAACACCCAGAAGAAGGCGAUUUGUUAUUUGUGUUUUUGGAUGCAUGACGGUACCGACCCGAUAAUUUGUCAGAUGAAUUUGGAUGCAGUGAAGAAGCUGAUGAUCAAGAGUGGCAAGUUGCCUGCCGACAUUGAGUCAAAGUUUGUUACAGCAAGGGGCUCUCUCCCUUUAAAUCCCAUCCAAGAACGGAUCAUUGAUUACUUUAAACGCCAAUUCAAGCUUUGUGGGAUUGAAAUGAUGAAUUACUUGCCGUGUGUGUCGAUUUUUAGGAACACGUUUAGUUUGAAUAACGAUAAUGCGAUUGCGAUGAAUACUGAUGGUGCGUCUGAGCCUACGUUGGUUAUGGUGAAUUGCCACAAGGGAGCCAAAGAAGGGGUGUUGAUUCUUUUACAAGCGAAUAAGACGAACCCAGCAUACUUUAUAUUUGGGUUUAAGAAACCGAUAUUGGUGUAUGAGGCGAGUCAAGUGUUGCACACCAGCUAUAGCAAUAUCACACGCCAAACAUUCAGUUUGAAUAUGACGGUCUUGAAUAAGAAGCGGGAAGAAAGAGAGUUGGAGUUUGGCAUGAUAGAUGAAAAGUUCUACAGGGUUAUUGAUGAAUUUAUAAAGAUGCAGUAUAUUCAAGAUAGCACGUUUAAGGGGGAGAGUGAUGAUCUGGUCGAAAUUGUACACGAACACAAUGGGAAUGUCGAGGAUGAUGAUGAGGAAGAAGAUGAUGAUUUUGAGUCGGGGGAAGAGGAGAGUGAUGUUGAGGAGGAGUAUAAUAGUGAUUUAAAUGAGGAAAGUCCGCGGGAAAAUUAG